CACCCAGAGCCUCUGCGGCGGUGUCGGCGGCGGCGGAGGCGGUGCAGGCGCAGGGCGAGGGCGUGCGGCUGAGAUGCCAUUAAGCCCAGCUGGCGUCCUGAGCUCCACCUCUACUGCUUCCAACAGGUCAAGGAAUAGGCCCCGCUAUCGGACCAAAGCCCUGAGCUCCGAGGUGGAUGAGAGCCUCUUUGGAGGUAUCAAGCCCCUGAACCAGAGCGAUAGCCCCAUAGUACUGCUCCGAGAUAAGCAUGCCAUUCGGAAAACUCUCACUGCCCUGGGCUUGGACCACAAGCCAGAUACCAUCCAGCUCAUCACCCGGGACAUGGUCCGGGAGCUCAUCAUUCCCACCAAGGAUCCAUCUGGGGAGUCCCUUAUCAUGAGCCCUGAGGAGUUUGAGCGGAUCAGAUGGGCAUCCCACGUCCCGACUAGAGAAGAGCUCGAGGCCAAGGAGCAGGCCUUCAAGAAGGAGAAGGAAGCCAUCGUGGACGCAGUGACCACACGCAAGAAGAUCAUGAAACAGAAGGAAAUGGUUUCAAGGAACAACCAGAAGCUCAGCGACCUGGAGGAGGUGGCCAAGGAGAGGGCCCAGAACCUCCUGCAAAGGGCCAACCAGCUGCGGAUGGAGCAGGAGGAGGAGCUGAAGGACAUGAAAAAGAUCAUCCUCAAUGCCAAGUGCCAUGCCAUCCGGGACGCCCAGAUUCUGGAGAAGCAGCUGAUCCAGAAAGAACUGGAUGCCGAGGAGAAACGGUUGGAUCAGAUGAUGGAGGUGGAGCGGCAGAAAUCCAUUCAAAGGCAGGAGGAGCUGGACAAGAAGAGGAGGGAGGAGAGAAUCCGAGGAAGACGGCACAUUGUGGAACAGAUGGAAAAGAACCAGGAGGAGCGUUCGCUGCUUGCAGAGCAGCGGGAGCAAGAGAAGGAGCAGAUGCUGGAGUACAUGGAACAGCUCCAAGAGGAGGAUCUAAGGGACCUGGAACGAAGGCACCAGCAAAAGCUGAAGAUGCAGGCCGAGAUCAAACGCAUCAACGACGAAAACCAGAAGCAGAAAGCAGAGCUGCUGGCUCAGGAGAAGCUGGCGGACCAGAUGGUGAUGGAGUUCACCAAGAAGAAGAUGGCUCGAGAAGCAGAGUUUGAGGCUGAGCAGGAGAGAAUCCGGAGGGAGAAGGAGAAGGAGAUCUCCCGCCUGAGGGCCCUGCAGGAGAAGGUCCAGGACUACCAAGCGGAACAGCAUAACCUUGCUGCUAGAGACAUUCGUGGGGCUUCUCAAUGCUGGCUGGCUCAGAGUCUGAAGAUGCCCUGCGGGCCAAGCGCAACCAGGAGGUUGCAGACAGGGAGUGGCGCAGAAAGGAAAAGGAAAAUGCACAGAAGAAGAUGGAAGCCGAGGCCCAACUGCGGAAAAGUCGGCUGGAACAGGUGGCAUUCAAGGAGCACAGUCUGGCUGUUCAGGUGCAACGGGACCGGGAUGAGUUCGAGAGGAUUCUUCGGGCUCAGAGAGAGCAGAUUGAGAAGGAGCAGCAGGAGGAGGAGAAGAAGGCCAUGGGGCGCUUGCAGCACGCCAAUGAGCUCCGGCGCCAAGUGCGUGAGAACCAGCAGAAGCAGGUGCAGGACCGGAUCGCCAUCUUCGAGGAGGGCCAGCGCCUCAAAGAGGAGGCCCAGAAGCGGCGUGAGCACAUCGAGGGCAUCAAGAAGAAAAAGAUUGAGGAGCUGAGAGCCACUGGCCUUCCUGAGAAGUACUGCAUCGAGGCUGAGCGCAAAGCUAACAUCCCGACCAACACCUCAGUGAACUGAAGUGGCUUCUCUGUCCCUCUGGGGCCUUCCGGGGGCAGGUUCCUCCCAGGCUCUUGGAGUCCAUGACUGCUGCUAAUCUAGACAUUUCUGAGUUACAGAUUAAAUCUAUUCUACUUCUCUAA